CUGAUGGUUUCCAACAUAUUAUAAGAAACUUUUUUCCUAGAAAAUAUCUGAUUAUCAUCAGAUCUCCAUCGUCAUCUUCAACGUAACGAGACGUAAGGUCUGUAACAGAAUCUGAGAAGAGAGCUGAGAAAGCUCAAGACGGUGAGCGAGAGCUCGAUCCGGAGUGAGAGAGUCAAGGCUGAGUGAGAGAGCUCGCGACUGAGAGAGAGAGGCAGAGAGAGAGAGCUCGCGACAGAGUGUUGGAGCUGGUGAGAGAGAGAAGGAGAUUCUCUGUGUAUCUAGGCUCAGCUUCUUGUAUCUUCUUCCUUUAUUCCAUUUGUAUCUCGUGGUGAUUGUAACCGAGAGAGAGGAAGAACUCCGGUGAUUGUACUCUUCUCAGUUUCACCUAUUGGAAAGGUUGAGAGACAUAAUUCUCUAUCCGGUGAGUAUAGCAGCUUCUCCACAUCGGAGGAGUGCGGUGAACACCGGAUUAAAAAAAAACUCUCGUGUCGUUUACUUUCUGGCUUGAUUCGAUUCCACACUAAGAUUGAUUUGCUUGCAAUUAGAAUGCGAUUUGAGCUACAUUGAAGCUUGUAGGAAACCGAUAGAAUCCUCAACACACAAUGGAAUGUUUCCGUGUAUCUCCUUCGAUUCCAAAAGUCUCUUUCCUCUCCAACUCAAGAAACUCAACUUCUCAACGAUUCAUCCCCAGCUGCAGAGAGAGAAGAAACAGAGAAGAUCCACUCUCCAGCUCUUCACCAUACUCUAUUCUCGGCGUGGAGCCAAACUGCUCAUCUCUCGAGCUCAAGGCAGCUUUCCGCGCCAAAGUGAAACAGUACCAUCCUGAUGUAAACAGAGAAGGAAGCAGCUCUGAUGUUAUGAUCCGUCGUAUAAUCCAUGCUUACGAGAUGUUGACAAACUCUAGCAGAGCAGAGAUCAUUGAAGGAGAAUGCUUGGACCCUUUUGACCAUCCAGAGUGUGAGGCACUUGAUGUGUUUGUGAACGAGGUCAUUUUAAAUAUUUAAGUCCUUAUAUUCUCACAAACAUAAUUUUGAUAA